AACCCGUUGGCUGAUGAUUGGCUUCCCAUCUGUUUACUACGGAGUACAGGCUCAACCUCUAUGUGGCCCAGGCCAAAGUGUUUUUGCACCUGUCCUUCACUCAGAAAUAUCUCAGGUCUAGCUCCGACAUCGGGGCUGAGGGAGAUUGUUGACAUCCCUCCUUUGCCUCUGAUUGAGUCCCCUGGUCUCACUCCUAGAAACCCCCAUCUACUAUCCCAGCCCCCACGUUAUCAUGGAGAGCCCCUACCGCCAUGAGCUCGAGGUCGCCAUCAAGGCAGUCCAACAAGCCGCCCAAAUCAGCCGCCUCGCCCUCUCCUUAGCCCACGAGCAGAGCAGCGGCGGAGAUGCAGACAUCUUUGACAUAACCAAAGACGACCUAAGCCCCGUCACCAUCGCCGACUUUGCCAUCCAGGCCCUUCUCACCCGCACCAUCAGCCAGGCCUUCCCUCAAGACGGCUUCGUAGGCGAGGAGUCAGCCGACCAACUCCGCCAGAACCCCAGACUAUCGUCUCGCGUGCUCGCCAUUCUCGAGCAGGCUGGUGCGGCGCUGUUCCGGGAUGCGGACGAGCUCUGCCAGGUGAUCGAUUCCUGCACCACAUACCACCCGAGCGGCGCCGACUCGCCGUCCGGGAGGGUCUGGGUGUUUGACCCUAUCGACGGCACCAGGACCUUUAUACGCCGCGAGCAAUACGCCAUCAAUAUCGCCCUGCUUGAACACGGCCGCCAGAUUUUGAGCCUCGUGGCCUGCCCUGUCCUUUCUAUGGAUGCAUCCUCUCCGGUGAACGACAGGUCCAUUGACCCGACGGGGACAGGGUGCAUCCUGUUCGCCGCGAAAGGAUAUGGCGCCUAUGUCAGGCCGCUGCCUGGUAAUCUUGGAGAGGUCAAGCCGCGGAGGCUGGGGCGACAUGCCGACAAGGUCCAUGUUCCUGCGGACCUACGACCCGUCACGUGCACCACUUUGCCGGACUCGGGGAUUCUUGAUAUCCACAAGGCUGUGGCAGAAAGGUUGAACGUGACGUAUCCGGGUUGUGACUUGCUCGGCUGGGUGCCCAGGUGGGCGGUUUUGUCGCUGGGGCUCGCAAAUUUCACUGUAUGGGUGUAUAAGAGGAGGGACCGAUACGCAAAGUUAUGGGACCACGCUGGUGCCAUGUUGCUUUUUGAGGAAGUUGGAGGCGUCAUCACUGAUGUGUACGGCAAGGAGAUCGAUCUGGGUUCAGGGCGAAAGCUUGCUUCAAACUUUGGCUUCGUGGCAGCUCCCAAGGAUCUCCACCACGUAGUGCUCCAAGCAGUUCAAGAGACGCUUAUCUCAUCCAGGAGAACUGAUCUUUUCUCCCAAUGACAAGCGGGGCAUGAGGCGUCGUAAAAUAGACAUAGACUAGAAUCAGUUCCUGCCACAUGAGUC